AAGUGGUAAAGAGAUUGAAUACAAGAAAGAAAAGCCAAAACUUAGGUCUGGUUGCUUGCUUGUCCUAAUUUUAUGUCUGCAGAGACAAUUCCAAGGUACAACCUUGAAUGCACAAGGCACAACCCAUGAGCUUCUUGAUGUGAUUUGGUUUAAGAGAUUUCACCAACCAGGCUAUUAGUACACCUGUCCAAGAAGUUCAAGACCUGCAAAAAAGUAUGGCAUCUGAUCUGAACUCAAAAGGGCUCAUUCUGGCAUUGGUUGUUUCCUUUUUGUGUCUAUCCAUGUUCAAUGCAAGUGAGCCACCUCUAACAUUGGAUUAUUACAAGUCGACGUGCCCGGAAGUGCUGGAUAUCGUUAGAAAGGAAAUGGAGUGCGCGGUGCUGUCUGAUCCUCGAAACGCAGCCUUGAUCCUCCGCCUGCAUUUCCACGACUGCUUUGUUCAGGGCUGCGAUGGAUCGGUGCUGCUGGAUGACACGUACACGCUUCGAGGGGAGAAGAAAGCUCCCAACAACAAGAAUGCUCUAAAGGGAUUCAGAAUCAUCGACAGGAUCAAGAACAGGAUGGAAUCCGAGUGCCCCGGAAUCGUCUCCUGCGCUGACAUCCUCACCGUCGCAGCUAGAGACGCAGUCCUUCUGGUUGGAGGGCCGUAUUGGGACGUGCCAUUGGGCCGGAAAGACUCCAAGACUGCUGGAUACGAGCUGGUCGAAUCAAACAUUCCGACUGCGGAUGAAGGGAUCCUUCCGAUCAUUUCUAAGUUUGUUUACCAAGGCUUGUCCGUCACUGACAUGGUGGCUCUUUCCGGGGCUCACACGAUAGGGAUGGCGCGAUGCACGAACUUUAGGAAUCGAAUAUACGGAGACUUUGCUGCAACAGCUGGGAUCGGAAAUCCGGUGUCGCGGCAAUACCUGAAGAAGCUGAAGUCGAUCUGUCCACCGAUCAAAGGGUCGGACAACAAUGAGACAGCAAUGGACAAUGUCACGCCGGACCUGUUCGACAACUCUUAUUAUCAUGUCCUGAUGAGAGGGGAGGGAGUGAUGAACUCCGAUCAGGAGCUUUAUUCGAGCUUUUUAGCAGUUCAGACGAAGAAGCUCGUGGCGAAGUAUGCCGAGAACCCCAUCGCUUUCUUCGAACAGUUCUCGGAAUCCAUGGUGAGGUUGGGAAACAUUACCAAUCCUGAGACUUAUGAAAAUGGAGAAGUUAGGAGAAACUGCAGGUUUGUGAAUACAUGAGGAUGGCCUGGGGGGCGAGUUGUGUUUCUUUGGAGGAUUCUUGAAAUUCAGGUCUCCUCGUUGGAUUCAUUUUGUUGUUAUUAUUCAUCAUGAGAUGCAAUAUUGCAAUAUGUAUUCUUGUCUCAACUGAUUUUCAGUUAUCUAUGGAAACUUAUAUAUACACAAAGCAACUUA